UAAAUAUUUAAAACUAUUAAUGAUUUCACCAGCUAAGAAUUUAUGGGACGAUGAACAAUGCAUCGUCUCUGAUGAAUACAAUGAGUCAAUCCACAAGAAUUGAGUUUACUGAUGGCAAAGCAAUAGCAAUGUCCUUGUGAACGAUAAGGGAAGUGCAAGACAGUUAGGAAAGCAUUCUCAAAGAAGCUGCUAUCAGCUAUUAAGAGAGGGCAUCAUUCAAGUGGAUAGCAAUUUAGAGUCAGAUCAAAGCAAACAAAAGUCUAUAUCUUCAUCUCUUGCGGUUCAUGCAAAAGAUUUGAAACAAGAAAAAUCUUACAAAGUUUUUAGUCAUUUGUAGGACUCUUCAUCAUCAGGUUUAUCAGGUAUUUUCAGCAAGAAAGCGUUAUCAUGGAAAGAGAAAUGUAAGAGAGGUCAGAUGAUGUCUUCACAUAGGAUUUUGAUAGAAAUGGGUGAAAAGCUUUAAAGCCUCACCAUAAAUUACUCGCACAGAGUUUUAAUAUUCUACUAUUACUAAUUUAUGCAUAAUAAUUCCUU